CCAUCAUCAGCUCAAAAGACCAAGUUGUACAGCUCAGGAACUUGGUUCUCCUUUAAAAGAGCAUCCUCAACGUCCAUCUCAACCUCCCUCUUCUCAUCUCUGCUCAUCUUUUCUCUUCUUCCCAACAGACAGCUUCUCAAUCAUGGGUCUAGCUUCCAAGCUCGCUGCAGCACAGGCUGCGUAUCCCGGGGGUCCUCCUGCACCUGGUGGUAGUGGUGCUCCUCCUCCAGGAGGUGCUCCUGGUGGUGGAUACCCUGGCCAACAGCAAUAUCAAGCAUAUCCAGGUGGUCCUCCGACAUCUGCUCCCGGUGCUGGCGCUCCCAGACCAGGUCAACCCGUAAGCGUUUUCCCGGUCGUUCCCAGCAAAUUCUAUUUCCCAAUUCCAACCCAAAUCACCGUGCUGGUUGCGUCAUCCCGCGCUGCGUCCACAAGACUGGAAACGGCUUUAUUCUUCUUCAAUCUCUCAUCUCUAUCUCGACACCCCCAAUCAUCAACCUCAGAAUAUCCUUUCCGCAAACCAUGAGCAAGUUCUCUCGUAUCGCACAGCAGGCCCAGCCGGGAGGUGCAUAUCCUGGUGCAUCAACCCCGCAGCCACCGUACCCCUCCCAACCGCCAUAUCCUCAGCAGCAACAACAACAACAACCACAACCGCCUGCAUCGCCCUAUAAUCAGCCUGCGCUCCCUCCUCGACCAAGUGCAUCACCCCAGCCCUACCAGCCUCCGCAGUGGCAAGCGCCUCAGCAACAGCAACAGUCUCCAUAUGGUCAACAGCUAGGGGUCCCGCAGCAACAGGGAGGAUAUCAAUCACCACAGCCAGCAUAUCAGGCAUAUCAAUCGCAGUAUCAACCACCAGCACAGAACCAAUACGGUCAACAGCAGUACCAACAGCAGCAGCCGGCUGGCGGAUAUGGAUAUGGUCAGCAACCUCCCUAUCCCGGCGGUCCCUCUGCCGGUGGCCCCCCUCCGCAACAAUAUGGCGGCGGCCCUCCCCAACAGCAGUACGGCGGCGGUCCCGCUGGCGGAGCUCCUGCCGCUCCAGUCGGUAACGCAGGCGCAUACAAGCAACUUCUUCAGGCCACUAUUCAAGAGAAAGGACUUCAAAACUUCUACCCACCCGGCCAUCCCAUGCUUGACCAGAUCGCUAACCGCGCUGCCCAACAAGUUGCUCAGUUGGCGGCAACAUGGAGGAUCUCUCCCGAAAUAGCUUCGGAUAUUGUCAAGUUGGCCCUCUACGACGUCAUCUUGUACAUCGAUGACAGCGGGUCCAUGCAAUUCGAAGAAAAUGGAGAGCGCAUUGAUGACCUCAAGCUGAUAUUGUCGCGCGUCGCAUAUGCUACCAGCCUCUUCGACGAUGACGGGAUUCAAGUUCGCUUCAUGAACUCUCCUGACCAGGGCAACAACAUUCGCAAUGAGCAGCAGGUCAAUGAGAUGAUUGCACGUACCCGCUUCUCUGGCCUCACGCCUAUGGGUCGGGAAUUGCAGAACAAGAUCCUGGGGCCUCUUGUGCUAGAGAAUGCCCGACGUGGCAAUUUGCGCAAGCCCGUCUUGAUCAUCACCAUCACCGAUGGUCAACCGACGGGUGAAAGCUCGUCGGAUGUGGCUAAGAUCAUUUCGGCAGCGUCGAGUGAGUUGGCGCGCAACCCGCGAUACGGCAAGGGAGCGGUGGCUUUCCAGUUUGCGCAAGUCGGCAAUGACCUGAAGGCGAGAGAGUUCCUAAGUAAGCUCGACGAAGAGCCUACGAUCGGUGAUAUCAUCGAUUGCACAUCUAACUACGAAGUUGAGGCCGAUGAGAUGUCUCGUGCCAACCCGCCCGUCCAACUCUCCCCCGAACUCUGGCUCAUCAAACUCCUUCUCGGUAGUAUCGACUCAAGCUACGACACCAAAGACGAGAAAGCCGGUGCAAGACCUCCUCAAGGCGGCUACGGUGGACCUCCAGGCGGUGGUUAUGGUGCUCCUCCCCCGGGACAAUAUGGUGGUGCUCCAGGCGGUGGGUAUGGACAGCCUCAAGGCGGUUAUGGUGGUCCUCCCGGUCAAGGCGGCUAUCCCCCUCAGCAGGGUGGUUACGGCCAACCUCAAAGUGGCUAUGGCCAACAACCGCAGGGUGGGUAUGGACGACCUCCGCAAGGUGGACCACAGGGAGGAUAUCCGGCCCAGGGUGGCUACGGUGCGCCUCCACCGCCACGCUACUAGGUUGGAGCACGAGAGACUCUGCGGAUGGAUGAACAGACACGCCCACGGAGACCAAUUUCUUGGUUGUCUGGCGGGUUGUGAGCUGUGCAUCUAGGGAGCCAGGCCGAUCUCUGGUCGCGAUGGGGAAAUACGUUGCCUAGAGCUAGAGUCAGAUCCUGAUUCUAACCACGUUCCGCCUGCAUGGGCUCUUGCGAUCGCAAAGUAAAAGAAACAAAAAGCGGUAGGUGGUGAGAUGGAUGGCAUCCGAAGAACAACAACAAGGGAGGGUGGUUAAGAUGGUCGUGAGUAGAGCUGCCCUGCCGAAAUCCGAGAUAAAUAGCCUCCAGCUCCGUAGCAGAGCAAGCACAUCCAUCCAAGACAAAACAAACAUUCCGCAUGACUUAUUGCACGGGGAGUGGAAGGGACAUGUUGAUGUUUUUCAACCCUUUUCACGCGCCAGCAAGAUGAGAAGGCUCUAGUUGUUCACUGGAGGCGAAGUCCCCCCUUUUGAUUCCGCAUAAAGUAAUACACGCCCAAACAUAUUAUGGAUCGGUGAGAGGAUUAAAAGUCGACGUGCUAUCAUGUUAUCAUCGUUAUGUCGACACUACCUACCCAUCCGUCUUGCCGCAUGCACACAUGGCCACAGGGCGUUGUGCAUUC